CAACAACCCAACAGUGUUAUCGACUCGUCCUUUAAGCUUUAUUCCUGAUGUCUUGUGUAACAAUGGGAUUCUGCUGGCUGAUGUUUCAGCCUCCCCGAGUUCCGAUAAAUGGCGUUGGGUUGCCGGUGACGCCAGGCAUCAACAGACCUUCCCGAUCGUGUACACCAAAUUCAGGGCACCAUGGACAUCGAGAAGAUUAAACGUGUUGUUUUGCAGCAACGAGUGGCACAAGAGGCAGCAUACUAUACAACUCCAACCGCCUCACCAUAUUCAUUUCAGAGUCCUCACACUUGCCAACACUGCUCCAUCGUUGUUCUCCACGCAGCCGGUGUUGAGGGGGGGGUUGACAAUGACAAAGAGGUAGAUUACAAUGCGAGUUGGACCGAGAGCCUCGGCAACGUCGUCGAGGCAUUCUUAGCAGAAUGCGAACUCUAUCGCUGGCUGCUCCAACGCAUUUCUCUGCUCUUCACUGAACGCAGAGCCAAUGACAACUUUGUCAUCAAAGAUGAAAUCGAGGACCUCGACCAGGUCCGGUUUCUAAUGGAAGGGUCCUGGUCCCCGUCGUCUCCCAGCCAACAUUGCGUUCUGAUAUGCAAGGUGUAUACACUCAAGGACAAACAGGGGCUCAUCGGCAGUAUCCCCGUCUGGACCACGGGGGCCGAUCCCGCCGCCAAGUACAUCUCCGCCCGUCCCUAUAUGCACGAGUUUCUAUCCGCACAGUCGGCCUCGUUUGCAAAGCAGUGCAUCCGCCUUUGCAUGGACCGCCACAGCUAUUGCCGGACUGAUCAGAUAGAUCUUCUAUACGUCCCACGCUAUCCAGAGACUACGCUACCGCCGGAGAGGGUGGAUCGAAAAGAUAUCCCGAAGCGUCUUCUUGACGUGGGUGAGGGGGAUACUUCUAUCAUCCGCUUGGUCGAAACAAACAACCACGCGGACGUCGUAGAGGAUAUCUCAGCCGGGGGCUUCAUGGCACUAUCCUACUGCUGGGGUGCUGAUCAGCCAGUCAAACUCCUACGGCGAAACCAUGAGAGCCUGCUGGAGCGCAUCGACGUGUCCACCCUCCCGCAGACGCUGCAAGACGCCAUCUGGGUCGCCCGGGCCACAGGCUUCCGGUACCUGUGGGUUGACGCUCUCUGCAUCCUCCAAGACGACGACGACGGCCAGGGCAACAACUAUGACAAGGCCAUCGAGAUUACCCGCAUGUCAAGCUACUACGGCAGGGCGACGGUGACCCUCUGCGCCGCCUCAGCUCGCACUUGUAUGGACGGCUUUCUGGUUUCACAACACAGCUCAGCCCCAGGUUUCAAGUUUGGUCCGAUCCGCAUUCAACUGCGAUCGCACGAUAACCUUGAGGAUCUUGGCUCGGCCUACCUUGUCAUCGAGUCCGAGCCGCCGCCCGAACCUACGACGAUGCGUGGGUGGACGAUGCAGGAAUCGCUGCUGUCGCGGCGAAUCAUCAUCUUUGCCGGCCGGCAGUUGCUCUGGUCGUGUGUCAACUCGUUUGGGGCUUGCACUGGCAGUCACAACGACGAGCAUUCCCUGGUUGACCGUAUGGUUCCCGGUGGAGUGCAUACCCUCGUCGAAGGCAUCUACCCCGUCGGCUGCCUGGUCGAGCGCCCGACUGUGAACCAGUGGCAGAUCAUCGUGGAAGAGUAUACGACCCGCACGCUGGGCCGAGGCAGCGACAAGCUCCUCGCUAUCUCGUCCAUCGCGGCCCACAUGGUAUCAGUGGGUCGUCGGCGCAAUGAGCCGGUCUGCUACGCGGCUGGGUUGCUAGUAAACACUUCAGUCAGGCUGCAGUGGCUACAUCAGCUUCUCUGGUAUCCGGCCACAUUCCGCCUCCCCCGCCGACCGACGCCCUACCGUGCCCCAACGUGGUCCUGGGCGAGCGUCGACGGGCCCGUCCUCAUGAAUGCAUUGUCGGGUAUGUACGGCCUGGAUGCGAAGAAACUCGAAGACAUGCUAUUUGCUGUGGUCGACUCGUGGGCAGUUGACCUUGCUGAGCCAGCUGCCCCGUUUGGCGCCCUCACGGGUGGUUACCUCACCCUCACGGCUUCGACCAGAUCUAUGCGGGAAGUGCGGGCGACGCCGAGGAUCCAAGUAAUAUGUAGCGAUGCCGCGUGGUCGGAAGACAUUGAGUUCAAUCCUAGUGACAUUUGGAGAACUCCCUUGUGGCAGGCGGAGCUUCAGGAGGGCAAAGAUUGGGUCUUGGAGAUGAUGCCGGACACGUCGGACGACAGAGAGAUUAUCCAGUCAUACAUCGCUGAUGGAAAAGAUCAGCAUGUCUGGCUUGUCGGGCUGGCGACGGAUGGAGGAAUCAGGGGUCUCGUUGUCGAGGAGAUCUCAGGUGGAUCUUGUGCUCGGCGUGGCUCCUUUAUUCUCGCGGGGGUGCUGAGGCUAAGGGAUAAGGGGGGUUGGCGGGCACUUCCGCAAUUCUUUGCUGAGGCGGAGAAGAAGACUAUCAGAAUUGUGUAGUAGAUGUCAGGGGUAUGUGACACCGACCACGGAGAGUUUCUGGUUAGGUUCAAACAACCGAUCAGGUUGCCAAUAGACUGCCUAAGCUAAGAGAGGACCUCCUAUUAC